AUGCAAAGAGGCCGUAUAUGGUGCACAAAGGUAUUGCAAGAAAUUAACAAGGCGAAGGCGCGGGCGAACACCAUGCACAUAGUCUGUCAUGAUCGAGACAACCUAUGGUUUCGUGUGAUGGAGUUUGAUAGAUCGUACGAAGGUAUUAUUGGCGGGCAAUAUCGUAUAAACUUGAGAAAUAAGACUUGCGACUAUGAGAGGUUUGACGCACUUCGUUAUCCAUGCGCUCAUGUAAUUGUAGUUUGUCAAAAUCUCCAUCUAGAUCUCAUGAGCUACGUCGACGAAGUGUUCAAACUAGAAACCAUGUAUAACAUAUGGAUACACGUAUUCCCACCUAUCCCAGAUGAACGUAACUGGCCAGCUAUAUCGCUUGCUCUGUUUAAGCUGCUACCGGAUAGAGAAUUGCAUCGCAAACCAAAGGGACGACCUUACUCGACUAGAAUACGUACCAAUAUAGAUAUCCGAGAAACAACCAAUAAUCAGAAGUCGUGCGGAUGGUGUAGGAACCCAGGUCAUACAAGUAGAUCAUGUCCAAAUUGA